AUGUUCCCCUCCCGGAUCGGCAGCUCGAGCAAGGCAGAUGCCUCGUCGUCGUCAUCGGGCAGGAAAUGCCAAAAGUGCCUACAGACGGGCCACGCCUCGUUUGAGUGCAAAAAUCCGAGGGCGUACCAGAGCAGGCCUACGCGGUCGCAGGCGUUUGAGGACGCAAAGGUGCAGAAGAAGCUCAGGGACAGGCAGCAGGCCGUCAAGGUGCCCGAGGAGCUUCUGCUCAAGAGGCACGGCACGGCAGAUGCUAUCUUGGCCAAGCGAGCUGCAGAGCGGGCCACCGAGGAGGGUGCCACAUCCAAAGGCAAAGACAAGGUCCAAAACACAGGACGCCGCGGACGAUCCUCAUCUUCUUCGUCUUCUGGCUCGCUCAGGCUCGAGGAGGAAGUCGAGAGCGAGCAGGAAGAGGUCGAGGACCUCCUCGAGUCGGAGCCUCAGCAGGAGCAGGAGCAGGAGCAGGAGCAGCGAUAG